AUGAUAGCCCUCGCAAUCUUCGACUUCGACGGCACCCUCUUCGAUACACAUGAAUCCAUCUCCCAAACCAUCAAACUCACCUUCGAUGCCCUCCUUCCUACGCACAGCCCUCCCCAAUCCGAAAUCCACCGUCUGAUCGCCAGCGGAGCCGGCCUAGCGGAUACCUUCAAAGCCCUACAUCCCACCCCGGCCGAAUUCACUUCGACCGCUGAGAACGAAUGGAUUGAAAAAUACCGCGCUCUCUAUGCCAUUCACGGCCAAUUACUCAUCAAAGCCUUUCCCGGCGCCAAGGAUCUCUUGACCGAACUCAAUGCCCACAAGAUCCCCAUCGCCAUUGUGAGUAACAAGGGUGUAGCCGCUGUGAAAACGGCGCUGGAGCGGAAUGAUCUGGAUGGCUACGUGCCCGAAGAUUUAAUCAUCGGCGAUAAGACCCCCGGGGCAAAGCGCAAGCCGGAUCCUGCUAGCUUUGUGGAUGUUCUGAUUCCUGUCUUGAGGGAGAGAUAUGGGAUGGAGGAGGUUGACUCGGAGAGGGUGUUGGUGGUGGGUGAUACGGUGGCGGAUAUUCAGUUCGCAAGGAAUAUUAAAAGCAAGGUCUGCUGGUGUCAGUAUGGGUACGGAGACCAGAAGGCUUGUGAGGAGUUGAAGCCGGAUUUUGUGGUUGAUUCUUUGGGGGAGGUUGUGGGGAUUGUAAAAGCCUAA